AUGAAGAGUCAGAGUCGGAGCUCGACAAUUCGAUUAAUGCAGCGGGGACGGAGUUUCUCGGGUCGGGAUUGCGCCGGAACAUGGGGUCGGGAUCUAAUAGCUCUCCCUUUCAUUGGAUAUAUUUUCCUUUUCCUUUCAGCCAUCACCUCCCCAAACCUCGACUUUGACUAUUGGGGUUUCAGCAAAUCGCGUGGCGUCUAUUAUGGCAACAAUUUUGAUGAGUUCUCGAAGUUCGUGAAAAAGACCAUUCGCAGGUACGAGAAAAGAAAAAUAAAGAUCCAGAGUUUCAGGCUCCGUACUCCAGAUUUUAUUCCAUGGGGCCAUGGUUUUCUUUUCCCUAAACAAGUAAUCCCAAAAGCACUGAAAAAUACUGAUAACCCAAGCAACUCAAGUGAGGUCAGUCGGAGCCAGAAUAAGGAGGAAGAAAUACCCUCUGAGGUAGUUGUUGAGCGUGAGGCUGAUAAUAGUUCACAGCAGGGGAAAUUGAAGGAGAAGAAAACUGUGGAUGCAAUUGUCAAAGCAAGUGAAUACCCACUGUCGAUAAUAUUAGUCGGAGUUGGGGAUGGGCCUUGGGAUAUGAUGAGGAAAUUUGACAAUAACAUUCCUGCUCGAGCCUUUGACAAUUUCCAGUGUCCCCUCUUGUGUAAGGAGUUUGUGGUAGAUGCAUGGCAAAUCUUCUAUGCUCGUAUAAAAGGCGCAGAUGCUAUUCUAUUAAUUGCGGCCGUUUUACCUGACUUGGACAUCAAGUAUAUGGUUAAGAUUUACAAAUUGCUCGGUUUAACAGCCCUUGUUGAGGUUGUUGGAGAGUCGGGACUUUUCACGCCUGCUGAUAUUGCAUAUGUUCACGAAGCUGGCGUCAAAGCUGACCACCUAGGAAAAGUGGUGUUCUUGGAGUUGCAGUAG